AGGUUUACCCAACCCUUGCGACUGCGCGGACGAAGUGCAUCCGAAACCAGGACAUCUAGUCGGUGCGUGACCUGGCGAAUGGUGGGCCCAAAACGGAAGUGCACAAAAACAAACAGUGAAAGCAGGACGGACUUCCGCUUCUGGCAGAAUGAGCUCGCACUAUCUCAAUACCUGUGUGAAAGUUCCCAUCGAUCCGUGCAACAACUGUCCAGCUCCGGUCUACAAUCGCCCCAAGCUCUGCACACUCGGUGGAAAGAAACCACCGGAUACAGCUCCUAAAGGAUCCCAGGAAGCGGAAACGCCUCCGUGGAACAGCCAGAUGGGUGUCAGGUCUCUAGCUAAAUUCUACGACAGUAUACCUGACUACUGUGAUGUUAAGCACCUGCAUCAGGCGGAGUUCUACUCCACACUGGAAAGCCUGCGGAGCACUAGCCGUGAACUGCGAUCGCAGCCCGCCGCUGCUUCUACUCGAGAACGAUGUGCUAGUGCUACCAGCGGCUCUUUGAGUCAUGGAAAGUCCAAAAUGCGGUCAUCCAAGGGAAAGAAGAUUAAAAAGCGUCCCCUGGUGCUGGAUCCUGUGCCUCCGCCACAAAUCCUAGUGAUCCCUGAGCAUCAAGAUAGGUGCAUUACACAGGCCGUGAUCCAUACUCCUAAUUCCAGUUGCCUCAGCGAGGAGUACGACAAGUGCCUGAGGGACUUGAGUCGUCUGAAGAGCUUCAAAGAGGACUUUGCCGUGGAGGUGGCUGACUUCAAAAGGUCCCUUAAAAGUUUCGAGGCAGAGUUUCGCAGGCCAAAGUCCACCAGCAGCAAUGGGACUCAAACGCAGACGCACGACAAAAGCCAGACCCAAACCCGCUGCCAGCCGAACUUUAAUCCUGGCCAGCACACUGCUGAACGGGCCAAGUGCCGAAGGGAAAUGCUUCGAAGGUGUUUUAGUGUCAAUGAUCUUCAAGGAAGUUCCUCAGUCCCCAACCCGAAUCCUUCCAAGCUCGCUCAACCCUCGCUAAGCAACUAUUUCCCACGCAGCAAGGAUAAGGAUGAAGAAGUUCCCAAGAUACAGAUACAAUCGCCAACCACCUCCUCCAAGCGAAGUAGUAGUGCCUCCACUACAGGAAGGGGGCGAGGCAGGCGCGGAAGGGGAAGGAAAUCGAAGCCAUUGUCCAUUCCGAAAGAGGAGAAACCACUGCCAUCGCUGAGCCUCUUUGAGUUGCCAGAGGAACCGGUCCAGAGGCGAACGCCAAGUGUGUCGCCAUUGCACCCGGUUUCGCGUCCAAACCUAGCGGCCACUUUAAGGGCUGAAGUUUCUAAAAAAAAAGUUAAGGAGCUAAAGAACAACUGUACUUUUCAUGAUCCUCGGCCGCAAUUUGAUUGGGAGGUCCGAAAGACGCCUGCUUGGAAGUCGCUGUCCUUAAACGAAUCCCACAAGGCCUUGUUAUCCAUCCGGCUGGCUACCCGGAAGGCAGAACAGGCUUUUCAAGAGCGGCAGUACGAACUGCAUAUGGAGAUGAUGCGGCAGAGGGUCAAAUCCGCUCCACUUCUUCUCGAGGGACCCACCUUUUGGGGCCCGGAGGUGGGCAAGUUAACCCACACCUGCCGUAGCGAGGAAAUGCGCCACUCCUGCGAGGGCAGCCGGCAGCGGAGGAAGAAAAAAUCAGAGUGCCCAGUGCAAGAUGCGGAUACAAAGCUUCAGCAGCUGCGCAAGAUCUAUGGGUCUGAAAAGUCCUGUUCUAGACAGUCCCAAAGGAGCAAGCGAUCCGGGAGAAGGCCACAGGUACUGGUCUCGGAGACUCCCAGCCACGACAGCGGUGACGACCUGUGCAGCGUGGACCGAGCUUUCCUCUAGAGAAUCACCUAAUUUCCAAGCACCUAGUCACAAUAUAUGUAAACUUUUUGGAUUGAGCUAA